AUGGCGAUGCCCACUGCCCUUAAGGCCUUAACUCUCUUGUUUGUGCUUGCAGUCCUUGCACCAGAUCAGUCAGAAGGACGGCAUCAUCGGCGUGAUUGUCCUUCUUUCUCGUGCGGCCCUCAUGGAAAUGUAUCGUCUCCGUUUCGUCGGGCAAGUGAUCCACCUGGCUGCGGCUAUAAAUCUUAUGAGCUGGUUUGCAGUGAUACUAAGGCUAUAAUUCGCAUCCGAAGUGCGCCAUACUAUGUGUCUGGCAUCAACUACAACGAUGCUACCUUCUGGGUACUUGAUGCCGACCUGGAUUUAUACAGCAGCUGUCCUCUGCCUCAAUGGAAUCCUCCUUCUCAUCUUACAGAUGUAAACCAAGGCAUGGUCGAAUUGUCCCCCGUUAGUUAUACUGAAGCUUGUUUUGUGGACAAUGAGAUGUACGUCCUUGUUGCUUGCCUGAGCACCAAUGAUUCUUUUGUUUACGUGUUAACUGGCUAUGGAGUGUGUGGAAUCGAGUACCUUGAGCUUUCUUGUGGGUACUUGUCCAUGACUCGUCUAACUUGGGAGGUCGACGUUCAGCAGCCGCUAUAUAAUGUAAGUUAUGCAGAUGUCGUGAAAUCCAUGAGGAGUGGAUUCGCCAUUCGAUUUCCUUAUCCUAUAACUCUUAGGAGGAUGAGCUUCGAUGAAUGCCUAUUUCUUUGGACAUUAUAUGUUUUGGCACCACUGUCUGUGUUGAUCUUCUUGGCCUACAAGUACUGGCAAGCAAGGAUCACGAUCGAUGCAGUCGAGAGAUUUCUCCGGAUGCAACAAGUGCUUGGCCCGAGGAGGUAUGCUUACACAGACAUCACCGCGAUCACAGGCCAUUUCAGAGACAAGCUGGGCCAAGGUGGGUAUGGGUCCGUGUACAAGGGUGUGCUGCUCCCAGGCAAUGUCCAUGUGGCCAUCAAGAUGCUGGUGAGCAGCUCUAAUUGUAAUGGAGAAGAUUUUAUCAGUCAGGUUUCAACCAUUGGCAGGAUCCACCAUGUUAAUGUGGUGCGUUUAGUGGGCUUCUGCCCGGAGGAACUGAGACAAGCACUCGUCUAUGAGUACAUGUCAGGAGGUUCUCUAGACAAGGGUAUCGACUACCUGCAUCAGGGGUGCGAGAUGCAGAUUCUACACUUUGAUAUCAAGCCGCACAACAUCCUUCUUGACAGCAAUUUUGUCCCAAAAAUUGCUGAUUUCGGUCUCGCCAAACUAUACCCAAGGGACAACAGCUUUGUGCCAUCGAGAGCUCUACGGGGAACAAUUGGGUACAUAGCUCCUGAGAUGAUAUCCAGGAGCUUUGGUGUCAUAUCGAGCAAGUCUGACGUUUACAGCUUUGGAAUGUUGUUGUUGGAGAUGGCUGGAGGAAGAAGGAACGCUGAUCCAAAUGCGGCGAACUCAAGCCAGUCUUACUACCCAUCAUGGGUGUAUGACAAACUAACUGCUCCAGUAGUAGAUGCGAUAUGUCCAGUUGCAAGCAUGCAUGAAUUGGAGAAGAAGCUGUGCAUCGUUGGAUUAUGGUGCAUUCAGAUGAAGUCACAUGACAGGCCAACGAUGAGCGAGGUCAUAGACAUGUUGGAAGGUGGCUUUGAUGGCCUGCAGAUGCCUUCCAGGCCAUUCUUCUGCGACGACGAUCACACCGCUGUCCCGGAUUCUUACCCUUUGUUGUCCGAGCUGACAGAGAUCUCGGAGGAGGAUGAUGAGUAGCAUGUGUGUGUGUGUGUGUGUGUGAUUUAAUGUCUCAA